AUGACGGUCACUUUUACCGCUCCUCUUGUGUUCAGAACCCAGAUAUAUCGACACCUUGACCAACUCAUACUGCAACAAGAGCAAUUCAGGCAAGAGCUCCAACAGGUUCGCAGCCUGGUUGAUCAGCCCGCUCCUCCGUCAGAGUAUAACUAUGCUGGCUAUAUUCACAUUUUGUUUUCAUUAGCAAAUACUCAACGAUUGCUUUGUCCAGAUACAGAUCUCUCGAUUUUCAUCAAGAACAGCAAAUGCGCGCGUCCCUCCUAUUUUAUCGUUAGGAAUAUCCAGAGGCUUCGCGCACACUUCCGAUUGCCUUACAUCACCGACGACGAGGUAAAAAAGAAUCUCGAGCGCUAUACCAACGAGAAUUACGUUCAGAUGGCACUGUCUAUUAGAGGUGUGCCGUCGCAAGUACGUCUUUUCUCUGUUCUCGAAACCAUCGGCUACUCUGGUAUCAAAGAAACGGAGUUGGCUAUUAUCAUCGGUUACGAAAUGGGCGCAGCAGGUUACUGUGUUCACCCAGAUUUCGCUCGUACUGAGGAGCAGUUAUUUCGACUCGGCAUGACAUGCAUUUCAGUCACCGUUGAAGCUCGGUUGCGUCAUCUCCUCGCUGGAGACCCCCCUACACCUGUUCGAAAUUAG